ACGGUACCACGCUCUCUGUGCUCUCCGCCUUGCUCUGCGCAUUUUGUUCGAUUUGUUCACGAAGGGCCUCAGAUUCCUCAAUCUUCAAAGCUGAAUACUUCCUUUCGAUUCAGCAAUGGCCGGUGUCACCGGAUCGUCGAUUUCCAUGGCCGCUUUCUCAUCUUCACUCAAGCAAAGCCAGGUGACCACCCAAAUCUCUAGUUUGAAUUCAGUUUCCCUUUCAAUGAAAGGGAAUCGCUUCCCAUCAAUCAGGAUGCGCCCAGCUCCGUAUCGCUUUCAGGUUUCAUGCGUGGCCAAACCAGAGACCGUAGACAAAGUGUGUGCAAUAGUGAGGAAGCAGCUGGCCCUGCCAGCAGGUACUGCUGUCACUGGAGACUCAAAGUUUGCAGCACUCGGGGCCGAUUCCCUUGAUACGGUAGAAAUUGUGAUGGGUUUGGAGGAGGAAUUUGGGAUCAGUGUGGAAGAAGAAAGUGCCCAGAACAUUGCCACCGUUCAAGAUGCCGCGGAUCUGAUUGAGAAACUCAUCGAAAGUAAGUGUGCUUAAAGUUAAAGGGAAUUUGGCAGGGAUAAAGUCGUUUAAGGUUUCUCCAAGAAUCUUCUCUCUUAUUUUCAGCCUUUCUAAUAGAACUUUCUGUGUAAUUGUCAGAAUGACAUUUUCUGUGUGGACUUUUGUGUGAUUGUCAGAAUGAAGUUACCGAUUUUUGUGUUUA